GAAACUCCACUGAGCAGCCAAUGGGAGCAGCGGGUCGGGAGUGAGGUGACUUCCUGGAGACGAGCGGGCCGGGUUUUGACAACGGCAUCAACGGAGCUGGAGGAUGAACGUCGGCGUGGCUCACAGCGAGGUGAACCCCAACACGCGGGUGAUGAACAGCCGUGGCAUCUGGCUGUCCUACAUCUUGGCGUUGCUGCUUCACGUCGUCCUGCUCAGCAUCCCCUUCUUCAGCGUCCCCGUGGUGUGGACUCUCACCAACGUCAUUCACAACCUGGUGAUGUAUUUGCUGUUGCACACGGUGAAGGGAACGCCUUUUGAAACCCCAGACCAAGGCAAGGAUCGCCUCCUGACGCACUGGGAGCAGAUUGACUAUGGGAUGCAGUGCACCUCCUCACGCAAGUUCCUCAGCAUCUCCCCCAUUGUGCUUUACCUCCUCACCAGCUUCUACACCAAGUACGACCCGGCUCACUUCAUGAUCAACACCGCCUCCCUGCUCAGCGUCCUGCUGCCCAAACUGCCCCAGUUCCACGGCGUCAGGGUCUUUGGCAUCAACAAAUACUGAACCCACGCACCCGCUGCACCACAAAGAGCUUCCCACAGGAUGGCAGAGCUGGAGGUGGGCGGCCGGGCGGGCACCGUGGGGUGAGGGGAGGAUGCAGGAGCAGGGCUGGAUGUGCCGGGGCUGCUGUGCAGUUGCAUGCAGGUCUUCUUGCAAGGGCUUUAUGGCAAGGUUCCUGUGUCUCUUAGGAGUGCCUCACUGAGGCUUUAUCUCUUGGUGCUUUGGUGAAGAGGUGUGAAAUGGGGCUGGAUGGAGCGAGCGAGGCAUGGGGCUGGUGUGUUUCCCUUAAGCUAAACCCCUGCGUGGCAAUGGGGAAAGCACUUAGAAGGGGGAAAGUGUUGACACAACCACUCCAUGCCUCCUCUGCCUUCAUGUUUCAUACGUGUCCAUAAUAAAGAACUCACAGAGCAGAG